UAUAGACUCCAGCGUGAGCGAACAUCAAGCAGUUUCUGAGACCACUUCUUCCUGAUGACGAUGACCGGGAUGUUGGCUGCAGCGUUAGUAGUAGUCACAGUUUUGCAAUAUGCGAGAGCUGCUGGCGUGUUCUGCGACUACUUCAUACCAGUGUGUGAGGACAUGGAUCCCGAUGUGUGCAGGGCGCGCGGUGGGGUUUACAUACGAAAGGGCAGUUUCUGUGGUUUCUGCGACAUCUGCCCCAAAUACGUCGGUGUGGGGGAGCGUUGCAAAGCUGGCGACUCUUAUCUGAUACCAACGCCCACGUGCAAAGAACCACUGAUCUGCAACCCAAUCAGCGAAAGAUGUGUUGCGGCACCGGCAGGCGAUGACUAAAGUGACUAAAUGGCAUCUCUCACAUCUACGGUUGUUGUGCCUGACGCAACAAUGCACUCCCAGGUGGUGUCCUCAUUGAAGCGCCAUAUUGCAUUUCACACCGAACCUAAACACAGUCAACACUUAAAAUUAAAUUAUCCAAGAAAAUACCUGAGGCAAAGCAUAAACAUGUUAUUAAUUUGUGUUAGAGAAAUUCAAUGCUUGUUUUUGAUUGACAAGUGACAAGUAAAGUAACUACAAGGCACAUCUCCACUUUAUGAUCAUUGUUUCUGAACAGCGCCUCAGACCUUCGAGUUCUCUUUGAAGCGGCCACAGUCCAUUUUGCACAGAAGGUAAAUAGAAGCAUCAGUUAAAUUACCCAGCAAAACUCCUUGAGCAAACCAUAAACUUGUAACUACUUUCUGUCAUAGAACUUUACUGCUUCUUCUUGUAUGACUGUAUACUGCUAAUUGAAACAGGGCAUUUAUUACGCGCCAAGAAGUGUCAAA